UUUGCACAGUCCAUGUGAUUCGGCUUUGGCAAUUUCUUUGGAUUAUAACUGCUGCGAUCAGUGUUUUGUUAAUUUUCGGGUGUUUCUUUACUAUAUUUUUUUUUUUUUCAAUUCAAAUCGUUUGAUUUUCUUGGAAAGUCGAUGUCAAAAACGUGCAUAUUUGAAACGAGUAUUUGCUGUCCAUACAACACAAUUGUCGAAUCGAGAAUAAAUUAAAGUCGAUUAAAGUGCUUUGAUUUCAAUUAGAAGCUGAGUGGCGAGCAAUCCCCGUGCAAUUUGGUUGUUAACACUUUUUCAUACACGAAAAAGAAAACCAAUUAUAAUUUGAACCGAAACGAGUACGAAAACCUUAAAUGUGCCAUUUUAUGUGGAGUUAUUAAAUUCGUGAAAUACUGAUGAAAUUUCCAGUGCAAAGGAUUUCAUAAAACACAAACUUAACUAUUUAACAAUAUUCAAUUGGACUUUAUUGUGAAAAUAAAAGAACAUUUUUAUCGUUCGACCAGAGGUUAAUAGAAAUUCCGACUGAUCUUAAAAAUUCCCCAUCUCCAAUAGCUUGAGUUUCCCAAGAAUUAGAUACGAUACCAUCGGAAAUACACACCAAAAUGGCUUGCCGCUCGCGAUAUUUCAUCGCGUCCAUAUUCAUAACACUAUGUGUUUUAAAGAAUGUUAACAGUGACGCUCCAAUUGAUUCGUCGGCAUUACCGCUAGAGCACAGAUCUGUCUAUGGUCCACCAGCGCUUCAAUCACCAAUUUAUGGAGCACCACCCCAAAUACCCGAACAUCAAGUAGCACAAAACGAAGUGUCGGACGAACAAUGGCCACUCGGUGCGCCAAACGACAGUCCACAAAUCAAAAAUCUACAAGUUCAGUGCGAAAAGACACACAUGCGUGUCAAUAUCGAGUUCGAUCGUCCGUUUUACGGAAUGAUUUUCUCAAAAGGAUACUACAGCGAUGGUCAUUGUGUUCACAUGAAACCAGGCAGCGGACAUUUGAGUGCAACAUUUGAAAUUUUCUUGAACAGUUGCGGCAUGAGCAGUUCGGCCAAUCACAAUGCUCAACAAUUUGGUGCUCCAACACCAUCAGGCAGCUACGUUGAAAACACCAUCAUUAUCCAAUACGAUCCCUAUGUACAAGAAGUUUGGGAUCAGGCCCGUAAAUUGCGUUGUACAUGGUACGAUUUCUAUGAAAAACAAGUCGCUUUCCGACCAUUCCAAGUGGAUAUGAUGCACGCUGUUACCGCCAAUUUCUUGGGCGAUAACCUACAAUGUUGGAUGCAAAUUCAAGUCGGCAAAGGACCAUGGGCAUCCGAAGUAUCGGGAAUUGUGAAAAUUGGUCAAACAAUGACCAUGGUAUUGGCGAUUAAAGAUGAUGAAAAUAAAUUCGAUAUGCUUGUACGUAACUGUGUUGCUCAUGAUGGUAAACGUGCUCCAAUUCAGUUGGUCGAUCAAAAUGGUUGCGUCACACGGCCAAAGAUUAUGAGUAAAUUCCAGAAAAUUAAAAACUUUGGACCAUCAGCGUCGGUUGUGUCGUUCGCAUACUUCCAAGCUUUCAAAUUCCCAGACUCGAUGAAUGUACAUUUCCAAUGUGUAAUUCAAGUAUGCCGAUACAAUUGCCCGGAACCAAAAUGCGCCCCAACGCUUGGCGGUGAAUUCGGUUUGGCCGGUUUGAGCUCCGAAUACGGUUUGCCAUCAUCAGAAUACGGUUUGCCACCAGCCGCUUAUCCAGAUCCAAGACAUCCAGCUGAUGCUUCAGGCGCAUACUCCGAGAAUCAACAAGAAAUUGUACCGCCACCGCAAGCACAAUCAACCUCCGAAAAUAUCAAUAAAAUUGACUCACCACCAAAACGUGACGAAAUUCAUUUGCCACCGCCACCACCACCAGGCCACUCUGGUUACAGUACCGUCAAACGAAAGGAUGACUUGGAUGCUGAGGCAAAUGGUAACUUGGCCACAAUUGGCGGACGACCACGAUCGGUUGAAGGAUUAGACGAUUUGCGUGGCGUUCGAAGACGCCGUGAAACAAUGGAAAUCGUUGUCAAACCAAAGGUCUACAAACGUGCUGCACAAGAAAUGACCGAUGUCAAUACUAGUCGUGUGAUUCAAGUGGUCGCUCCUGGCGACGUUAAUUUCGCUUUGAAUAAUAACAAUGUAGCUAACAACGAUACAGUUGUUGUACAAGCGCGAACAGUAGACGCUGAAACGAUAUGUAUGUCAGUGCCAAGUUUCGUUGGCGGUUUAGUUAUGUUACUUUUAGUAUUAGCAAUUGCUUCAUUAGUAGCCGCAUUUUUGUUUGUGCGCGUACGGCAUUUUGAUCGCAAAGGUAUGACGAUCCCACGACAUGGAUUCAUCAAUGAAUUCAUGAAAGUCAAUUAAAUCACAAAAUGAGAGAGACAAAAAAAUGUAUACGGAAAAAUUUAGGAAAAAUUACAUUGAACAAUUCAAUUGACAAGACAACGCAAAUCAACGAAACAGAUCGAUAGAUGAAAAAAAAAAAAACAACGGACGUACCUUACUAUGUGACACUGGAAAUGUGUUAUAGCAAAUGCUAUGACACUGCUUCGAUGUUACCUCAUCAAAAAAAA